AAAGACAAAAUCUCAAAUCCUUUUACCUUUCCACUUCGAUUGCCUCCAUGGCCUCCUGCUUCCAGGCACAGUGGCUUCAGGUAUCCAUUACACCAAUCAGAAAACACAGAGAUGGAGCACCAGUAGGAUCAGGAAGAAGCAGUAUAUUUGCCAGUAAUAGAGGAUUGAAACCCAGGAGCUCAUUAAAGCUAAGAAGAGAAACAAGUAAUGGCUACAGUUUUGUAGCAGCUAAAUCUUGGAGAAUUUAUUGCAGGGAUUUCCAAGAUGGAUAUGAAUAUGGAGGGCAAGAGUCAGCCUGGAGGAAUAAAACUGAAGCUGAGAAGGUGGUGGAGAAAUUUUUUAACUCUAUCAAUAACAGGAAUGUGUCACAGCUAACUGCAUUGCUCUCAGAUGAUUGUUGCUAUGAAGAUGCACUCUUUGAUUCUCCAUUCAUGGGGAAGAAGGAUGUCAGUAGAUUUGUGGCCAGGCUAAUGGAUGCAAUGGGACCAAAUGUAAAAUUUGAGGCGCGGGUCUUCUGCCUUCUAGGAUCUGAUGAAGCAGCUGCCCAAUGGAUUCUAAAAUGGAAAGGCAAGGAAAUACCCUUCACACUUGGCUUCAACUGGUUUCUACUGGACGAGAAGCAGCUCUUAAUCAGUAAAAUUGGAAGCUUGAACGAAGAACUAAGGGUGAAGCCUGGAGAGAGAAUACUGAAAGUUCUGAAGAUCAUAUCAACAACUCUAGAUGAAUCCCAGAACGAUAUGGAAGCAAUCAGUAUAUCUCUUCCAAAAAUUUACAGAAUUAUGAAGGAAGACCGUUCUCUUGCAGACAUAGCAGAAUUGGUUGCAGAGCCAUUUAAGCUCAACAAUGAGGGAAGCAGCCUAACUUAG